CUGCUGAGCAACAACAGUUUCUGUGACACUGGCCGACAUGGGGUCAAAAAGUAUACGGGACAUCGACAAAACGCAAAUUAUACGGGACUUCGACAAUAUUUUCUUGGCACAAAAAUUACACAUUGAUAUCAACAUCAUUCUAGCAACUGGCAUGCUAAUCACUGGCUCGAUCAAUACUUUAUCUAAGAAAGCACAGAAUGACUGCACAGUGGGAUAUAACAACAGUCAUGGGGCGCCACCUCACAAAUUUGAUCAUCCUUGGUUUCAAACCCUUGUCAUGUUUACUGGAGAGUCUUUAUGCCUUAUUGGCUUUGCUAUUCAGCGGAUAAGAGAAAAUCGAAAAUUGCAGAUUUCAAGAGAAGAAGAAUUUACAGCUUGGAAUACAAACAGAGAAUACAUUCAUUAUAAAAAGCCACCGGUAUGUCAUUGGAUUUUUAUUUUACCAACUCUCUGUGAUUUGACAGGAACAACUUUGGCUGGUGCCUAUAAACUUGUUCUGUACCGAAACGUAAUGUACUGUUUUGCUUGUUCUUUUUAUUUCAAAGGAAUUGGCCUUGUCAUUGUCAAUGCUUCAGUGUGGCAAAUGCUGAGGGGCUCCAUCAUUGUAUUUACUGGCAUUCUGUCUGUUUUGUUUUUAAAGAGAAAAUUGAAGUGCUUUCAUUGGGUGGGAAUACUAUUAGUAGUGUUUGGACUGUGUGUUGUUGGACUAUCAGACGUGUUUGGUCAGGAUCAGUCACAUAGUGGUUGGCGUGUUAUAGUGGGUAUCAUAUUGAUUGUGGCUGGUCAGCUUGCUAGUGCUGCUCAGAUGGUAGUUGAAGAGUCGUUCUUAAAGAAAAGGCGAUUCGCUCCACUACAAGUAGUUGGAAUGGAAGGCCUUUUUGGAGUUAUUCUAACUGCAGGAGUUGUACUGCCCAUUCUCUAUCAUAUUAAUGUUAAUGGAAAGCCAUACGAAGAUGGACUUGAUGCCAUUUACCAAAUUAUGAAUAAUUGGGUUCUUCUGGGAAUGACAUGUAUAUUUCUGUGUUUUCAGUGUGUUCUUUUCACUACUGAUGUUCAUAUGUUUAUAGUGCUCUACUUGACUUCAAUAAUAUUCUAUAAUUAUUGUGGAUUGGCAGUCACAAAGUCACUGACAGCUGUUCAUCGGACUCUAAUUGAUGCAUUGAGAACAAUAGUCAUUUGGGUCGUAGAACUGGUGAUCUAUUAUGCUGGAGCUGAGAGCUUUGGAGAAGGAUUUAGUUGGUGGAGCUUUGUUCAAUUGGACGGCUUUGUGUUUUUGCUCAUGGGCACAUUGCUUUACUAUGAGAUUGUUGAGGUACAGUGCCUUGGAGCAAGCAAGACAACGCUUGAAAGGUUCUUUGAGAAAAGCAAAACUGGUGAAAACAGUGACAGCGUUACUUUGCUUGGAGACAAAAGCGAAGAUGAUGGAAAUGACGAAUACGGAAACAGUGAGAUUACCACAUAACGGUCAAACAAUAUGAUGGCAAGUCACUAAAGGAUGUCUCUAUUGUGUACCAGGACACAAUGGUCCAUAAUAAAGUAACACUCACAUGAGAUUUUGAGAGGUUGAUAUCAACCUUAAUUAGAGUAUGUAAUAAAACAUACACUUGGUUGU